CAUAUCCAUAGAAACAAGAAACUUUGCCAGAUUUCAAUCACAGACACGUCUGGCGUUCGAUUUGGGCGCUUUUUGUGCCGUUUUCUGCAUCUGGGAAGUAAGAUUUCUUUCCACACGUGCAGAAACUGCAUAGUUGGUGAAACAUGGCAGACCUGGACGAUGGAAGGCAGGUCCGACCAACGGAAACUAUCAACAUCACCGUCCUCAGGUCUCGUCACCUGAAAGGAUCAAAGGGAGAUGUCCUGACGUCCCAUGUGAAGGCAGAGUUUGGCACCACGUCUCUGGGAGAGUCGGCCAAAAUAGAGUCCUCGGGAGACACAGCUGCUGAGUAUAACUUCAACUGUAAUGUCCAGUGUGACUUUGACGGUCCCGAGGGACUGGACAGUAUUGCACACAAACCUGUGCUCUUGACUGUAAUAGAGGUUCUGCCAAAAGAAAAGAAGCAGAAAGAGGAAAAGACUGUGGUGUUGGGACAAUGUACAGUGGACCUGCUGCCAUUGUUGAGAGGUGAGAUUCGACACAAGGCUACCCUAGCGCUGCACCCUGUUGUUGGUUCUCCACUGGAAAAUUUACCAACUGAUUUGCCUAAGCCGGAGCUGGAUGUCCUGGUGACCGUACAGAGCCCUCUCCUGUACGAGGAGAACCUGGCCGACACCAACCUGCUGCGAGUGACGGUGGAGUCAGGGUUCUCCCUCCCCGACUCCUGGACACCCACACCAGCCGCUCAGUUCAACUACACAGUCACCCUGCCGCUGCCGGUAACAGCAGAGAAAGAAGUACCGGUGGUUUUUGCCAAUGGCCUUCUGAAGCCAGGCCAGGAGAAAGAACCACCCCAGAAGAAAUGGAUGACUGUUCCUAAUGCACAGAGUGGAGCUAGUUUCAUCCCAGACAGUUUCCUGACAGCCUCCUCUUAUGAUGAAGAGGAUGGUGACUUCCGUACCAAGGAGGACCGACCCUUUCGUGUGGAGGCGGAGUCAGAGAAACCCAAGGUUGUGUGGAAUGUGGAGAGGAGGUGUUACCUGGAGCAAGGGGCUGUCACCAGCUUUCAGAACAAGAUAGCCAUGUCGCGUGUGUGGCCAGUGGAGAUCAUGAGGACUCCAAUCCCACAGGCAUCCAAGGGCAAGGGCAAGAAACAUCUAACCCCAGCUCCUUCUGCUAUGCGACACUUGACCACCUCACCUACACCCUCUAGCGGCUCGGACAGAGAUGAUGACGUCCAGGUCAGCUUCCAUGGCGUGGCAUAUGUGGAUAUGGCUCCACUGUUGUACCCGGGAGUCAAGAAGAUCCGAGGUGCUUACAAGAUCAUGGCAUUCAACGAACAUGAAGUGUUUGAAAAGACCAAGAGAACAGGUGGGGUUGCGCAGGAGGCUGCCCGUAUUGCCAGUGGUCUCAGUCGUAGCACGGCCACACCGGCCAAGGCGUCUAAGGACAGCAAGGAAGGAAAACCUAAGGAGGGCAAGAAGCCGUCCACUAUGAAGGCAGCAGACGGUAGCUCCUCAGACAUGGCUGACCAGCAGGCACCCCCGAAUCUGGAAGGACAGCAAUAUGUUGAAGCUCGGUCCUAUCUGAUUCUGGAGUUCGUGCUGGACAAGCCAUUGGUGCCCAAGAGGCCGCCUGAGGAGCUAGCCAAGAAAGUUGCUGAGUACAUUCCACCCAGGCCGCUAUUCCCUCGCAGAACAAAUGGUGCACAGAGGGCAGUGGAAGACUUCCACACACAGGUGGCUGGAGUGGCAAACUUACUGCUGGAUGAGUUCAGGGAGUUGUUUGGUGAGGAGUUUAUCCCAGGACAGGAGACUCCAGAUCCUAGAAAGAUGGAGGAAAGGAGGAAGAAGUUGAUCUAUGAGCUCAACACGUCAGGAAAGUACUUUGCUUUCAAGGAACAACUGAAGCAUGCUGUGGUGAAGAUUGUGAGAGAGAAGUAUCUGAAGACAACUGCUUUUGCCAGCAAGGAGGAAUUGCAGGCCUUCUUGAGUGAGCUGUAUGUCUACCUGGUGGAUCAGAUGCAUGUUGGCCUCAGCAAGGUGGUGUCCCUUGAAGACCAGGCCCCAGUGCCUGAACCCCUGACUGACUCUGCCCAGCUCAGACACUUCGCACGUGAAGCGGAGGUCAAUGAGAAUUUCCAACUCGCAGAAAGAUACUACCAGGAGCGGCUGGCCAGGAACAGGAGUGACCCUGACCACUGGUUUGACUACGGCUGUUUCUGUCUGCUGACUGGGAACCAUGCCAAGGCUGAGGAGUGCUUCAAGGAGACAGUGUCCAUCGACCAACAGCACCUCCCAGGUCUGCUGCUGUACGGUAUCGUGUCAGCCAUGGAAGAGAGGCACGAGAUGGCGGAGACCUUUUUUGAGAAUGCCACCUGUGUGGAGCCUGACAACGUGGUGGCAUGGACACUGCUGGGUCUGUUCUAUGACGGUCUGGGGAAUGACAUCCGAGCGGAGAUGGCUUUUUCUGAAGCCAACAAGCUGAACGUGCAGGCAGCCAUCCACAAGAGGGAUGAGGAGAAAGCCGCCGUGAGGAGGGCACAUGAGGAGGAGGGGAGGGCCAGUGUGUCUGAUGCUGGGGAGAGAGAAGAAGGAACACCACGGGAAUCUGGAGAGGACGCGCUGUCCGUUCCCAAGGUGAUGGAGACAGCUGCCACGCCCACGGGGGACGGUGCAGGUGCAGCAGCAGCUGCUGCAGCUGCAGCUGCAUCUGUACCACCUGGAUCAGUCAAGUCCAGCAGCUCCGUGGCAGGCAGUGCCAAGAAGGGAUCUGUCAUCAACCAGGAUAAGCACGGGUCCCAGCCUGCAGAGUCUGUGGCGUCUCGGCGGGAGGGGGAGGGUGAGGGCAGCCGACACUCCACCCCUGAGGUGGCGCGUGAGCCGACCCCCGUCCCCUCCACCAGUGUCUACAUGCAGGCUGUGGAGUUCCUGCUGGAGGUCAAGGCCACUAAGUCCAAGUUUGGGGAUACCAAACGUUCAUUUGCUGAGCGAGCCCUCGCACAUGAGCUGCUAGCCAAAGGCGGUGGCCCCAGUGCUGAGUACAACGUGGCCCUGGCCAGGCUGCACAUGCAGAAGAAGGAGUAUGCUGAUGCAGAGGCUUGCUUGAAGGAAGCUACAUCCAUGGAUUUCCAGAACCCAGAUGCCUGGGCCAUGACUGGCCACCUGAACUACAUGCGAGGCGACAUGGCGGAAGCGAAGGACUGCUACGACAGGACGCUAUCCUUCGUCAGGGACGCCCAGGACACACACGCCAUCUACCUCCGCCUGGCCUCCAUCUGUCUGCAGGACGCUGAGUUUGAGAAAGCCAAGAACACCUUCCUGUUGGCCUGUAAGCACUCCCCGUCCUGUGUGUCCUGGCUGGGAGUGGGCAUUGCCUGCUACAGGCUGGGUGAGUUGUCCGAGGCAGAAGAUGCCCUGUCUGAGGCUAACAUCCUGAACAAUGCUGACCCUGAGGUCUGGGGUUACCUAUCGCUGGUCUGCCUACAGACUGGCAGACAGUUGGAGGCUGAACAAGCCUACAAGUAUGCCAUCAAGGUUGGUUUGCACGACGAGGGUCUGAUGAAUGAAAUUCACGACAUGCAGCAGACUGUGGGAUUCGGUGAUCCGUCCUUCUAAACACUGCCUCAACCUUCUCCAUACACAAUGUACAACUCAUCAACAACACAGAUGACACUGUUUUGACUUCUUAGAUAAGCUUUAUUCAGGUCUUCUUGUUGCUGUUGUCAAAAGAUGAGAUUACCAAUUUGAAAGCCUUCAGUUGUAGGCUUUACAGUUUGAAGACUUGCAGCACUUUGUAAUUAGAAGAUUAGUCAUUUUGGAGUGCUCUCUGUUAUAUCUGCAGUUUCUACAUGGUUCUUUGUAAGCAUUUGAAAUUAU